CAGACUGGGAGCUGAGCAGACUACAGCGGCAAUGCAAGGUGAUGGAGGGGGAGAGGCAGGCCUACAGCAAGGAAGUCCACCAGCGCAUCAACAAGCAGCUUGAGGAGAUCCAGCGCCUGGAGGGGUUGCGGGAUAAACUUCAGGUGCAGAUCAGCGUGGCCCAGAGCCAGGUCAAGCGGCUGCGGGACAGUGAGAGGCUGGAGAACAUGGGCCGGCUGCUCAAGUGCCGGGUCCAAGUGCAGGCCGAGGUCAAGGAGCUCCAGGAGCAGACCAGAACCCUGGACAAGCAGAUCCAGGAGUGGGAGACCCGGAUCUUUGCCCUAGGUAAGGAAGUCAGGGCCCCGGGGGUCAUCCUGGAUCAGAAAGUCAAGAUCCAGCAAAGGAUCAAGAUUCUAGAAGACCAGUUGGACAGGGUCACGUGUCGCUUUGACAACCAGCUGGUGCGGAAUGCGGCGCUGCGGGAGGAGCUGGACCUCCUGCGCAUUGAGCGGAACCGCUAUCUGAACGUGGACCGCAAGCUGCAGAAGGAAAUCGAGCUUCUGCGACACAUGGUCAGCUCCCUAAUGGUCUCCUCUGCGGCUGCCUACACCGUCAGAGAGGAGGCCAAGAGCAAGAUGGACCUGCUGCGGGAGAGGGCGGAGAAGGAGGUGGCCCAGAAAGACGCGGAGGUGCAGACCCUGCAGCGGCAGAUCGCGCACCUGGAGCAGCUGCACCGCUUCCUCAAGCUCAAGAACAGCGAUCGGAUGCCGGACCCCGCGGUCGUGGAGAAGCGCGAGAAGCGCGCCCGGGAGGUGGCCGAGGGCCUCCGGAAGACCUCCCAGGAGAAGCUGGUGAUGCGCUGCGAGGACGCCAUGAACAAACUGUCCCAGCUGACGGGGGAGAGCGACCCGGACCUGCUGGUGGAGAAGUACCUGGAGAUGGAGGAGCGCAACUUCGCCGAGUUCACCUUCAUCAACGAGCAGAACUCACGGCUGGAGCAUCUGCAGGAGGAGAUCAACGAGAUGCAGAAGGCCUUGGCGAGCACGCGCGCCAGCGAGGAUCUCGUGCGGGCACAGCAAGAGCAGGAGAGGAAGGACUUGGAGCAGCGCGUGGACGAGGUGCACGCGGAGGCCCUGGGCGUGGAGGCCAACUUCCAGGAUGUGCGGGGGCGGCUGGAGAAGCUCAAGGCGGACCUCCAGCAGCUCUUCACCAGGGCCAAGUGUGACAACACCGUCAUCGAAGACCUCCUGGGGGUCAAGACCCACAUGCGAGACCGGGACAUUGGCCUCUUCCUGGGCCUCAUCGAGAAGCGGCUGGUCGAGCUCCUGUCCGUGCAGGCCUACCUAGAUUUUCAGAGCUACAGCUCCCCCAGCUUGGUUAGCACCGCCCUCCUGGUUCUGGGCCAGAGCCCUGAGGACCUCCCGAAGAGGAUGGCCGCACCCCAGCUCCCUGACAACCAGGAGGACACCCCAGGCUUUGAGGCCAAAGAGGACGCCCCAAUGAGCAAGGAAGAGCUGCGGAACCAAGUGACAAAGCUGCUGGAGGCGCGGGAGCUGGCGCGGGAGCAGCAGCUGAAGGAGCUGGCGGGCGCCGUGCGAAAGGUCGAGAGCGCACCCAGCGUACCCAGCCUCUCGGGCACCCAGCAGGUCUCCUCGGGCUCACCCGUGGGGAUCGCCAAGAGCCCCAGCAUCAUGCCCAGCUCCAUCCUGAGCCAGAGGACUAGUGGCAUCCUGGCGUCCAGUGGGGGCCGUGCCACCGGCUCCAAUGUCGGCCGGGUCACCUUUGGUGACCCCAGCUCCAGUAUAGGCCAUGUGACCUUUGCUUCCACCAGCGCCAUGGGGGUUCCGCUCUCUAGCCGGGGCUCGACGGGGGGCCAUGUGACCUUCAGGACCUCCAGCUCUAGUAACUACCUGGGGUCCACUGGGUACAGGGUGUCCAGCGGUGUCCAUGAGAGCCACGUGGGCACGGAGAGCAGAAGCAUGGGGUCGGAAUUGAGUGGAGCCCUCGGGUCCAGCAGAGGCCAAGUCUCCAGCCCCCGCCACACUUCCAGCACCCGCUGGGGCUCCACCACCAGCAAAGAUUAG